UCGUGCAUGCAAUUACUCGCCGCGCAAACGACAACAGGCAACUUCGCGCGUACAAGUUGUUGUCGUCGUGGUAGUUUCACGGUACGUUGCCUUCGAAAACAUUCGGCGACGGAAUCGAAAAUCAUGGCGAGAGCGUAAAGUACGAAGGGAGACGUUAUAGAACUGAUGUUAAAAAUUACUGGCUUCUACACCAAUGUAAUAUUGGUUGUAACGAAGACACAAGUAGAAUAAAACUUCCAUUAUACGACUACGUUUUAUGAUUUUGCAUCUUUCUUUUUCCGUCGCGUCUACCGCUGCCAGUGGUGCAUUAAUAUCAAGAACAAAAACUCGAUUACGUGGCGAUUACACCAGCAACAACUUGGCGAUUGUAUCGAACCAUUUGGAAAAUUGAGUCGAUGGAAAUUUUUUCGAUAUGUAUUACGAGAACGGGGUGGCGAAGAUUUAUGGACAGCAAAUGUCUAGAGGGGAAAUGGGAGAUGAAGCGGUUGCAAAGACUUUGAAAUAGAUAUAUUGUUAUAUUUUUCCAAAGCAGUGGAUCGCUCCAAAGUAUAAUCGUUUCUUAUACAAACUAAGAAGCGUCUUAAAAACGUAUCGUUCAACAGAGAUAAUCGCUUAGUUACGUAUCUUCGUUUAACAUACUAAGAAGUGACAUUCCAGAGGCAAAAGAAAGAAGAGAAAACGACGUUGACACGAGAAAGGUAAAGGAAGAUCGAAAAGAUGCCAAUUGAUUUAUACGGUAUUGCGUUUAGUCCGCCAUGUCGGUCGGUUCUACUACUGGCAAAGGCGAUCGGAGUCCACUUGAACUUGAAAACGAUUUCCCCCAUGGACGGAGAACAUAUGAAGCCUGAUUUCCUAAAGCUAAACCCUCAGCACGUGAUACCGACGAUGGACGAUAACGGAUUCGUUCUGUGCGAAAGUCGACCAAUCAUGGGAUAUUUGGCGAGCAAGUAUGCCAAAAAUGACUCUUUGUACCCAAAAGAUCCGAAAAAGAGAGGCAUGGUGGACCAAAUGCUAUACUUUGACGUCGGCUCGCUUCACGAGAACAUGAUUAAAUGCUACUAUCCAGUAGCGUUACAUGGAGCGCACUCCCUAAACGAAGAAGAUGUACAAGCCGUAGAAAAGUCAUGCGAAUUGUUAAACACGUAUCUGGAAAAUAGAGAGUUCGUUGCCGGUGAUACUCUUACCAUCGCUGAUUUUGCCAUCCAUACGACUAUUUGCGUUUUGUUGUGCUUCGACUUCGAUAUCGGUCGAUACGACAAUGUGGCUGCCUGGUACAAUCGUUGCAAGCAACUCCUGGAUAAAUUCGGUUUCGAGGAUGUGCACGGCCCUGGGACAAAAAUGUUUACCGAAUUGUAUCAGGCGAAUUUAGGAAAAUCCAGUUAACUCCGAGGUUGUAGAAUAGCACGAUAGAACGGUGAACUCGAUGCUCGUACACCGAUGAUCGAGAUUAGACAUGAAACCUAUUUCAUCGUUUCGUUUAACGAAAAAGGUAUUUAAAAUCAUCGAUUAUUUAUUAUAGCUUAAAUUGAAAGACAAAUAUAAUUAAAUAACGAGUAUAUAAAUAUAA